CACUCUCGAUAUUCCCAUCCCCCCACUUUGUGUGGAUGUCGAUGUUACCAACGCCGCUUAUGAGAAACCACCGAAGCAAACCUUGGAGAAAACCGCCAGCAUUGAACAAGGGAAAUCAGUGACUCCGGACUCAGCAUAUAAUUAAAGACGAGGUGCUCCACGAUAAUAAAUUCCCUUGGACGUUUGUAAGAGUAGACUGUCUUCCGACAUGAAUCCUGUGUAUAGUCCUGUCCAGCCCGGGACACCGUACGGGAACCCCAAGAACAUGGCAUACGCAGGCUAUCCUGCAGGUUAUGCUCAGACUCCUACCUAUACACCCAACCUCUACCAGACUGGCAGUCCAGGCUAUCCGCCAGUGCUGCUGGUGAAGCAGGGCUGGCCCCAGGCCUCCGGUGCUGCAGUGGGCCCAGAGGGCUCCUAUGACCUGGCCAUGGACGCAGGCUCAGAGGGCCGCCAGUACCAGGCCUCAGCCGCAGCUUUCAGAUACACUGCUGGGACGCCCUACAAGGUCCCCCCUGGUCAGUCCAAUGGGGCGCCCCCUCCCUAUUCCCCGUCCCCUAACCCCUACCAGACGGCCAUGUACCCCAUCAGAAGUACCUAUCCCCAACAGAACCUCUAUGCUCAGGGUGCGUACUACACACAGCCGAUGUAUGCGGCUCAGCCUCACGUCAUCCACCACACCACGGUGGUGCAGCCCAACAGCCUCCCCAACGCCCUCUACCCUGCCCCUGUCCAACAGCCCCGCUCCAACGGCCAUAUGGCCAUGGGCAUGGUGGCCGGCACAACCAUGGCCAUGUCUGCUGGUACUCUGCUGACCACGCCUCAGCACGCCACUCAGCACAUUGGUGGACAUCCGGUCACCGUGCCAACCUACCGGCCCCAGGGGACACCUGGGUACAGCUAUGUGCCUCCUCACUGGUAGACCCUCCUCACUGGGCCCCACUCAUGAGUCAAACAUUGCUCACAACUCAAGUCUUACAUUGGUGCAGGAGGUCUGGCAUACAAGCACCAAGUCUGUCAGCAAGAAAAAAACUAAAGUGCAAGGGUCACUAUGCAUUAUUUUGUGAUUUGGAAAAGCUGCUUUUUCAUGUUUUUAUUAUUUUUUACCAGCCUCAGAUUUUUUUUAUUUGUUUUUUAUUUUUAUUUUGACUCUCUUAUAAUCCAGACACACACUGACCAGCAGUAUAGUACAUUUAUAGUACAUUUGUGCUAAACAAUUGUGUGUGUGUGUGUGUGUGUGUGUGUGUGUGUGUGUGUGUGUGUGUGUGUGUGUGUGUGUGUGUGUGUGUGUGUGUGUGUGUGUGUGUGUGUGUGUGUGUGUGUGUGUGUGUGUGUGUGUGUGUGUGUGUGUGUGUGUGUGUGUGUGUGUGUGUGUGUGUGUGUGUGUGUGUGUGUGUGUGUAUUUUUCUGUUCUGAACACUGGUUACGAUGCAAAGCCAGUCCCUUCAGCCGUGAGAAUGUACACCUCUUUGUAUGCUGCCAAAUGCUCUCAUGUUUCAAAAAACAUUGGGGGGAAAGCGCCGUACGAGUGUCGCGCCUUGUUUCUUUUGUGUUGCGCCUCGAUUAUUUUUCACUUUUCUUGAUUUGCAUUCCCAUUUCGGUUUACGUUCAAACACAACCAUCUUCCAGCACAAGAUAACAAGGGUCGUCUUCCAGCUUGUAGCAACAGUGCAUUAACUUGGCUUCGUAAGAUUAUUCCCACUGUAUAUCAGUCAUGUGGUAGAAGAAAGACUAAUACCGGAAGUACCGUAAUAGUUACACACCAUGUAGAGUACAUUUUCAGUAAGUUCAGUGGACAUAAUUAGCUUUUACGUCUACUAGAGUAUUGUAAGCAAUUGAAAUAUCUAUACAUGAAUAUAUAUUAUAUAUAGGAAUACUGACGUGUGAGCAAGCGCCUGUAUGCGUUUGUGGUUCUUUUGGACAAGUAAAAGCUCUGCAAACUUAAACACACUCACAUUUAGGUUUUUCAGUUGGUGUGAGUAGUGGCACAUGUACACAAUACAUAUACAGAUUUAUAGGACAUCACACACAGACGCAAAAGUGUAGACAUCAUAGGACGCGAUGGAUAGAUUGCUGGAUAGGGUCUCCCUAUUGCAGACUAUGUUGUGAAUUGAAUCAAACUCUAAUCUAGUGUCAACUGAAGUGCAUGGAGUUUGAAGGGUGAGGCAAAUUGUCAGUUGGACCAGGGAUAACUAAGUUGAAGGAUUCAAGGGAUUUACGGUCAAUAGAAGAGAGGGGGAGAAAGGAAUACAAGGGGAGUAGUGAGUGGAAAAAGGAAGAAAAGCAUCUAAAUUGUGGUGUGGUCAAGCAUCUAUGCCCAUAGCCUUGUGCUGCAUGCCUCCCAUUGAUCUCACAGGCUGGAGAUAAGUGUUAUUCACAAUAAAGAUCCCAUGUGAUGUCAUGUUUACAUGUUUAAUAGAUCUAAUCUAGGCCCUAAACUGCACCAUUUACCUGGGUCGUGUUCAGCAAGGCACGCCAGAGCAAAACGUUUUGCAUUGGAAAACGAAAAUUGGUGUUCUUAUUGGACAGAUUCAGGUAGUACCGCCCUGUUUUAGUCCUUUUCAAAACGUUUUCUCGGGAACUUGGCCCUUGGCCCUGAACUUGGCCCUGAACAUGGCCCUGAUCAGUGUCACUCGUUUUUCAGGUGACCAGUAGAGGGCAGUAGUGAGGGGUGCAGGGCAGACAGCAGAGUUAAGGCUUCUUCCGCACGCUUCAGUUUGGGAAGCCGAACUGAACGAGUGGGCUCGCAUACCUUACCUUCGCUUGAAAAAAGAGAAAAAAAUACGCAAUAGUAAUGUUUGUCCGUUUUGGGACUACGUAGCCAAAAUAGUCCAAAUUAAUCUAGAAAUCUGUGAUUCAUUUUGAUGUUUUUGCAAAGGACAUCUUAGUUGUGCAAUUUUACAUCUAACUAUGAUGUUUGGUGGAGUAUUUCUCAAUUGAAAACAUUUGCAUGAAAAUGAGUCGUCGAUCAUUGAAUGACAGCAAACACUUCAUUGAGGAAUUCCUACUGUUGACCAAUCGCCGAUGAAAGGGUGUUAACUUCGGUUUGCCUAGCAAUAAAAACAAUUGUGUGCAACGAACAGUCGAAAAAACCCUUGCCGAAGACCAAAACUAAUAAAAACUCCACCAAAUGUAGUCAUAAUAUAUACACAUACUGUUCCAAACCGCUUGGUUGGCUCAGGGUUUUAGACGGGCCCCCUAUUCCCUUCCUAUUUAGGGCUCUGGUCAAAAGUAGGGCUCUAUAUAGGGAAUUGAGUGCUAUUUGGAACAGAAACAAGGUUUUAGAAGCCAGACUGACCUCAACAGAGAUGUGUUUCAGUUCAGAGAAUUGUGUCAUCUGGUCUCAAUGUGUAUAUUACUCCGUAGUCCAUGCAAUUGAUACUAGUUCACCUGUCUUGUGAAAUCUUCUAAACAAUGGCAGGUGUAAAAAUGCUCUAAAACACAUUAUUUUGGACUUACAUUAGUGAAAGGAAACGUUUAGUCGUCAGGUUGGCCAACCUGUUAGGGCCUCCCUCCUAGGCCCUCCCUCCCUUCAGAGUAGCCAAUAGAACAGGUUCAAGACAUUGUUUCCAGGGCAUCCAAUAGCAGACACAAUGGAAGGGAGUUAGGAUCGUGAAGGGAAUCAUGUGUAUGAGAGGAAGAAUUUGUGUUCUAACAGGAAACUGGGAACAUUUAAAAAAAGGUUUCAAUCAUGUCCCUUUAGUCAGGGCCAAAAACCCUAUGACAGGGGCACUGAGUUGGGAGAGGUCUGUGUGCGGCAUGUGUUGACUCCAAAUCAACCCCUAACCUAGCCCUAGCCUCUACUCCUCUCAGGUCUUCUGAGAGGAUUGGGAUAGGUGGAAUCAAUAUGGCUGACAUUUCCACCCAGCCAAUCAGAAUGCAAGAUUUUACCAUAAUGCUUAGUGUAUUGAUCCAGUCUGCCUACAUCCACAGGAGUGACUAGGGUGUAGGGGCUAGGGAUCCAUUUGGAAAUCAGAAAUAGAGUUGGCAAGGAAGCAGGGUUCAGCUUGGGUAGAGUUUAAAGGUUGUGAGGAGGAGUUCCAUACUAGGUUAUUAUGGUUCAGUACUAGGUUAUUAUGGUUCCAUACUAGGUUAUUAUGGUUCAGUACUAGGUUACCGUAUCAUGACCACAUAUCAGAGUUAUCAUGUGAGUGUGUCAAAAUUGUAUUGCACAAACAUCUAAAAGUAAUAAUCUAUACUAAAUACCAGGUACUUAGCUCAUAUUUUAAGAGAUUUCUUAAGAGUUCAUUUAGUUCCGUGCAUUUGACUCUUUGGUCUCAAUAAACAACUGUAAAUUUAAGAGAAUAUCUGUUGUGAAUAAUUGCUACUGCUUUUUUCAAUCUGUUACAAUCAGUUAACUACUAUGUAAAAUGCUAAAUGCCAUUUUUUUUCCACAGUGUUACAUCGCCAAUGGAAAUAAAACAUUUAUUUAAAGGAGAGGCAUCCUACACCCAACAUAUGACAAUUGAUACAGUAGCAUUCGCUAGUGAACGAGGUAUAGAUGUGUAGAUGAGUGAGGCAUGUAUACAGUCCUGUGUGAGUUUUUUUCCCAACAUGGCACUGGUCAAACUGUGUAAAGCUAACGUUAUCCAACCGCUACUCUCCCCUGUCAGUAGCCUAUCACAGAGCCAAAACAGAACAAGAACAUUGAAAACAAGUCUCAAAAGUAAAUGUAUUGUGCCACAUUUUUUGGGAAUAUUAGAGGGAAGACCAUCAAAUAAAAUAUAGUUUUGUAGUGCUAUUCACUAGAACAUGUAAUGUGAUGCAAGAGCUGAACAAUGCAUAUGACUAGUUGCACAGGCCCAAGUCUGUGAAUGCUAUGUUGAGUGCUAAAUCUUUGGCGGUUCAAAACCUCAAUAAUAAUUCAACCAUGUGUACUAUGAGUAUAACUGCAGUGUUUUAAAAAAAGGCUAAAAAAAUGAUAAACUUUUAAUUUCUUGUAUGUAAUUUAAGCACUUUUUACCAUAAGUGUUAUUUAAGGUUUUGUUUAUUGAUUGAUGUUUAUUAUUCUUAAGAUUGACAAUAAAAGAUCUAUCUCAAGUGGGUUGCCUUUUGGUGCUUCAGAGGGCAUUUCAGAACACAAGUCUGUAGGAUGAGUGGAGCAGAUGUGCGGAGGGACACAAUCUGGCAACCCGGUCAGAAGCGACUGGCAUACAGGUCCCUCCUACUCGCUGGCCUUUUCCCCUCAAAGACCCAAGGAAUUGAAACACGAGAGGAAUGUUCCGAGAACCAAACUGACACCAUAAACAGACGUUCCCAGAACAUCCAGGGAACCUAAUGUGCGAACUGGGCAUUAUAUGAAAGUUACCCCAGAGUCAAGUCCUUACACUACAAUUUAUGUUUAUUGAAACAUGCUAAAGUGUAUGGGUCCACAGUUUGCGGACUGAAGCAUGAGAGCUGUAGCCUGGGAUUGAAACUUAUUUUGUUACGUUUCACCAUUGUUUCACUUCAUGUUAUGUAACAACCAUGCAAUGUAGCAAAUUCAGUUUGAAUUCUAGGCUAUGGGAACUGCUCCUGAGUGUCUCAAUGCCUGGGGUUUGAGAAGCAAGCAGCUCCACCAAGGUUGAACACACAAUCUCUUUGGUUUGUCUGUUUUCUUUGGUCACAAUGAACUUUGGCCUUGUCAAACCUUUGAUUUGAACACUAAUUUAGAGAGAGUGAAGUAUACCCUUGUGUCUUCCCCCAAAAAUAAUCAAAGAAAUUGCUUAAAAGAGUCAGCACCUUGAGAUUAAAAUGAUUUCCCAACGAAUGGCCCCCGGGGCUCUUGCAACGUUCUGUCACAUGGUUGCAGCAACACUGGCGGAAUGUUUUUGUAAUAUAAGAUUGGGACGUUCGUAAAGCAGAGUCCCACAUCAGACUUGUGUAUAUGAAGUGUAAAUCUGUUUUUGUUUUCAUGUCAUUCUAAUGAGGAUCAGUCAGUGAUUCUGGUGACAGAAGUAAGGCAAGUUUGUAAUUGUAUAAUACUUACUGUACGAUGUAGAACAUUCAAUAACUAUUAAAAUCUUUCCCAAAAAG